CUCCAUCGUGCUUCUCUUUCCAGUCGGCAAGCCUCCAGACCGUGUGUGAAAUCCAAUCCCGCCGCCGCUAAACCCCCACCAACGUCGGCCUCCGCACCGUCGCUCUUCCCCUUUUCCUCCCCCUCUCGCAUCCCCCGGGGCACGACCUUCUUGCGAUUCCCCCAGAUCCAGGAUAUCUCGAGCCACCAUGGAUCGGGCCAUCGCGCGUGCGGUGACGGAGAAAAAGCCGGUCCCGGAGAUCGACUUCACGCUACAUGUGAUGGAAGAUGGCACCCAGGUGUCCACCACGGAGCGUGUAAUCAAAGAGGUGCAAGCGCCGGCGUUGAACACCCCGCCCGACGACAUGUUCUGGUCUCGUGAAGACCCGUCCAAACCCAAUCUUCAGUACCUCAAGCAACACUUCUACCGCGAAGGCCGUCUCACUGAGGACCAGGCGCUAUGGAUCAUACAGGCCGGCACGCAGCUGCUCCGGGCCGAGCCCAACCUGCUGGAGAUGGAUGCGCCCAUCACCGUGUGCGGUGACGUCCACGGCCAAUAUUACGAUCUGAUGAAGCUUUUCGAAGUCGGCGGCGAUCCCUCCGAGACGCGGUACCUGUUCCUCGGUGACUAUGUGGAUAGAGGUUACUUCAGUAUUGAGUGCGUCCUGUAUCUCUGGGCUCUCAAGAUCUGGUAUCCAAACACGCUGUGGCUGCUGCGGGGCAACCACGAAUGUCGCCACUUGACGGAUUACUUCACCUUCAAGCUCGAGUGCAAACACAAAUACAGCGAGCGCAUUUACGAGGCUUGCAUCGAGUCCUUCUGCUCGCUGCCACUGGCGGCGGUCAUGAACAAGCAGUUCCUCUGUAUCCACGGCGGUCUGAGCCCGGAACUGCACACGUUGGAAGAUAUCAAGGCGAUCGAUCGCUUUCGGGAGCCCCCGACUCACGGCUUGAUGUGCGACAUCCUUUGGGCCGAUCCCCUGGAGGAGUUUGGACAGGAGAAGACAGGGGAUUACUUCAUCCACAACAGCGUUCGUGGAUGCUCGUAUUUCUUCUCAUACCCCGCGGCGUGCGCUUUCCUCGAAAAGAACAACCUCCUCUCCAUCAUUCGGGCGCACGAGGCCCAGGACGCCGGCUACCGCAUGUACCGCAAGACUCGGACGACAGGCUUCCCCAGUGUGAUGACGAUCUUCAGCGCACCCAACUACUUGGACGUCUACAACAACAAAGCGGCCGUCCUAAAAUACGAAAACAACGUGAUGAACAUCCGCCAAUUCAACUGCACACCUCACCCCUACUGGCUGCCGAACUUCAUGGACGUGUUCACCUGGUCCCUUCCCUUCGUUGGUGAGAAAAUCACGGACAUGCUCAUUGCCAUUCUCAACACCUGCUCCAAAGAGGAGCUCGAAGACGACACCCCGACGUCGUCGGUCUCGCCCACCGCCCCCACUUCUCCCCCUGUGGCCAUGGAUGUCGAGAGCAGCGAGUUCAAGCGCCGGGCUAUCAAGAACAAAAUUCUGGCCAUUGGUCGUCUGUCGCGUGUGUUCCAGGUGCUGCGUGAAGAGUCCGAGAGAGUCACCGAACUCAAGACCGCGGCUGGCGGUCGUCUGCCGGCGGGUACUCUGAUGCUGGGCGCGGAGGGAAUUAAGCAGGCUAUCACCAACUUCGAGGAUGCCCGCAAGGUCGAUUUGCAGAACGAGCAUCUGCCUCCGUCCCAGGAGGAGGUCAUCCGGCGGAGUGAAGAGGACAGACGGAUUGCCAUGGAGCGCGCUCACCACGAGGCCGAAAACGACGCGGGUCUGGCGACUGUGGCUCGGCGGAUCAGCAUGUCGGCGGGAUCGGGAAAGACCCGACGACAACGGGAUGCCAACCGGGAUUCCCGAGAAGCAUGAUCCAUCCGGCGGUGACGCGAGGUGCUCCAUCUCGAUUCAGCAUUUCCUUCGAAGCGGCAUUUGGCAGACGUUUUCCCUGCAGCAGACCGCCACCCGACUCUGUCUGUAUAGAGCGAAUCAAACUCCGGGGUCCUAGACCACUUGUCUCAUCAUGAUUCUUGUCUCCAGGGAAGAGAUUACUUACUGUAUUGCAUAAUGGAGAGAACGUGGACCAGGAGGCUGUCAUGUCAUGUGAUGUGAUUCCUUCCCACUGCAGCAUUUGCGAGGCGUCCGUGACGUCUCGCCCAUGAGUUGAUGAAUCGAUACACCAUGAAUUCUGCUCGUUGUCGUCCUUGUCUGUUUGUUUGGGUUUUUGAUUCUCCCCCUCUUAAAAAUAUUAUUUUUCCACAGACGAGACGUAUUAUGGAUUGGGAAUGGGGAUUGUUCCCAAGCUCUAUGGUUAU